GGGGGGGAGAGAGAGAGAAUAUGACACUAAAUACAUGAUCUUUGUGAAUUAAAUGAUGGAAGAGUAAGACAGUCUAACUGAGGGUUGUUUCUUGCUCCCAUGUUUUCUCAAUGACCAUGUCUCUCAUUUCUUGCAACUGCCUUGUUCUGCUUCUCUUUCUUGCAUUUUUCUUCACUCUUUCACUUUCCUUUGAGGCCCGCAAUCCAGAAGUUGAAGCUCUGAUUGGUAUAAGGGAGGGUUUGGAUGAUCCUCAUGGAGCUCUGAGCAACUGGGAUGAGGACUCUGUGGACCCUUGUAGUUGGUCUAUGAUCACUUGCAAUUCUGAUAAUCUUGUUACUGCCUUAGGUGCUCCUAGUCAGGGUUUAUCAGGUUCUUUAUCUUGGAUGAUUGCAAACCUUACUAACCUCAAACAAGUAUUAUUACAGAACAACAAUAUUUCUGGUCAAAUUCCAAAAGAGAUAGGCUAUCUUCCAAACCUUCAAACAUUGGAUCUCUCCAACAACAAGUUAUCUGGUCAUAUCGCUGAGUCUUUGGGCUUCUUGAAUCAUCUGCAGUAUUUGAGGUUAAACAACAACAGCUUGAGUGGGGCUGUUCCUCUGUCUUUAGCCAGUCUCCCUCAACUUACUUUCUUGGAUUUGUCCUUCAACAAUCUUAGUGGACCUGUUCCCAAUUUUCCAGCAAAAACUUUCAACAUUUUGGGCAAUCCUCUGAUUUGUGGAAGCCACUCUAGUGAAAAAUGUUCUGAAUCAGUCCUGGCUAGUCCUCUUUCGUUCUCCGUAAAUCCAUCUUCCGGAAGAACCAAGUUAAGAAAAUUAGCAAUUGCAUUGGGAGUAAGUCUUACCUCCGUAACUAUUUUAGUCCCAGCAUUAGUCUUUCUUUUCCAGAGAAGAAACAAGAACAGGAAGCAGUCCAUUCUAAACAUUACAGAUAUUCAAGAAGAGGAUCUUAUAAGAUUAGGAAACCUGAGAAGCUUCACUUUUAAAGAGCUACAACAUGCUACAGACAACUUCAGCUCAAAGAACAUACUUGGUGCUGGGGGAUUUGGCAAUGUUUACCGGGGGAAAUUGGGAGACAGCACACUUGUUGCAGUGAAGCGACUAAAGGAUUUGACAGGAACAACAGGGAUAUCACAGUUCAGAAUGGAACUAGAGAUGAUCAGCCUCGCAGUUCACCGGAAUUUGCUUCGCAUUAUUGGCUACUGUGCCACCCCAAAUGAGAGGCUUUUGGUGUAUCCUUAUAUGUCUAAUGGCAGCGUAGCGUCGAGGCUUAGAGGAAAACCAGCUCUCGACUGGAACACCAGGAAGAGAAUUGCAAUUGGAGCAGCAAGGGGUUUACUGUAUCUGCACGAGCAAUGCGAUCCAAAGAUAAUCCACAGAGAUGUUAAGGCAGCCAAUAUCUUGUUAGACGACUACUAUGAGGCUGUUGUUGGUGACUUUGGCCUUGCAAAACUUCUUGAUCAUGCUGAAUCUCAUGUUACCACAGCUGUUCGUGGCACUGUUGGCCACAUUGCACCAGAGUACCUGUCGACUGGCCAGUCAUCUGAGAAAACUGAUGUCUUUGGAUUUGGUAUUCUCCUGCUGGAGCUCAUAACUGGAAUGAGAGCCCUUGAGUUUGGAAAGUCGGUUAACCAAAAAGGAGCCAUGCUGGAAUGGGUUAGGAAAAUACAGCAAGAAAAGAAAAUUGAAUUGUUGGUGGAUAGAGAACUGGGAAUCAACUACGACAGGAUUGAGGUUGGUGAAAUGCUGCAAGUGGCCCUACUCUGUACUCAGUACCUACCGGCCCACCGCCCCAAAAUGUCCGAGGUUGUUAGAAUGCUUGAAGGCGACGGUCUUGCUGAAAAAUGGGCAGCAUCCCAUAACUUUAUCCAUGCCGCUGCAAAUUUCUCCCGCGACAAUAGCAAGUCACACUCAAGCGUUGCACAUGACAACAAAGAUCAUGAUCACUCGAGCGUGUUUGGGACGGCAAUGACGAUGGAUGACGACUACGAUGCCCAUUGCAUGGAGCUUUCAGGUCCUAGAUAAUAAGCAAGUAGAUAACUGAAUUCUUCUUAUUGAUUACUCGAAUGGAAAAGUAGCUUUUGUGUUGAGGAAGAGAGUCGAAAUAGGCCUAAUCCUCGUAGCCGCUUUUCUGGUGUUUGAUUCUUGUACUGUACAUAACUGCAUAUCCUUUCUUUUCUGCUA